AUGGCUUUGACGAAGGACUUCCAGGAUGUGUCGAGCGUCGAGAAGGGGAGGCCGGACUUGACCAACAGCGGUCAGGUUUUGCUUUCUGUGACCAUCUCCUACAUGGCGGAGGAGGAACAACGAGCACUGUGCAAGGUCGACCUUGCUCUCCUCCCUGACCUCACUUUCCACUACCUAUCCAGCUUUCUCAACCCUUCCAAGUUCCAACAUCGGCAUUGCUGA